ACAAGCAGCCGGUCGUCCCGGAGGAGUAUAUAAAGCAGCGGGCGAAGGAAGCGGCCACAGUCUCCACUCGACUGACACCAAGAUGAAGGCCCUGAUUCUGCUGACCAUCGUUGCGAGCGCCUCCUGCAACCGCUACAACACGGGCGGGUCUCCAACAGGCCCCCACGUCCCUGUGCAGCGGAAUCUGUGUCGCAACACGCAAGUAAUCGACCAUAUCCAGGACGGUAGCGAAUACCACUACUCCUGGUGUCACGACAACAACCGUAACUACACUCAUGCAGCAGCUAUUAGUUACUGCGCAAACCUGGGUCCCGGUUGGCAGGGCGUUAGCAUCGAGAGCAGGCCUGAGGACAACUUCAUCAGCGGAGUGAUCGCUUCACAUAACCUGGCGUACAUCUGGACGAGCGGCUCGAGGGCCUACGGCGGGUGGCGCUGGGCGUCGGCCGCGCCCUUCCUCCACCUCAACUGGUCCGCGACCGGAGCCGAUGGUGUCCGUCAGCCUGACAACCGAGAGAACAACAACGAAGCCUGUCACGCCGUCCUCAACAACUUCUACAACGAUGGCAUAAAGUGGCAUGACAUCGCCUGUCACCAUGUCAAGCCCAUCGUCUGCGAGAGAAGGCGCGGGCCCGUGUACCACUGAUAAGAGGUCGAUUUGGAGAGAGGACUUCGCUUUGUAGGAUUUGCGGUCGUAUUAGGCAUGGAUUUAUAAAUACGUGCAGAUUUAUAUGUACGUUUAUGUUUGUACGUUAUAUAUACGUACAUAUGUGCGCAUAUAUAUGUAUACAUAAAUUAAUAUUUACACAUACAUAUAUAUAUACAUAGAUACCUGAAUAUACAGAAGUACAUAUAUACAUAUAGGAAUACACACACAUAUACAUAUAUACAUUCAUGAAUACACACACACAUACAUACAUACAGACACACAUCAUUUUAAUCUUGUUACAUCAUGAACGUAUAUGCUCAGAUUGCACAUUUUGCAAAUGCAAUUAUCCAUUCUCCUUCAUGGCCCUCCGGUGUCCUGUGCCUUUAAGACGCCCAAGUUUCACGAGAUGUGUUUGUUUGUUCCUUGUUACUGUGAUUGUUCGUUGAUUUGAUUUGUAAGACAAUUGGACAAUUAAAACCGUUUGGUAUUUGCAA